GGGUGCAGGGGAGUGGAGCUUUGGCUAUUUAAAGAGGGUCCGGGGUGGAGAAAACACAUGCACUUGGGUUUUUAAGCAACGCCUCCUGUAACAUACAUCAUCGGUAGACACUGAAACGUUACCAGCUAGCAAGCUAGCUGUCAUUGUUUAUAAAGAGCGACGUUUUCCCACUAACGCCAUUAAUAACGGAGCGUUUCUCAGGAGCUGACAGUGCCUAGCAACAGUGCUUAGGAAUCAGCUUUUUCACCGCCGUGGAAAUAGCCUAUUCUGGGCCGGGUAGAGAGGAAAAUGGGAAAGGAUUAUUACAAAAUACUGGGGAUCCAGAAAGGAGCGGCAGACGAGGACAUUAAGAAGGCGUACAGAAAACAGGCUCUGAAAUGGCAUCCUGAUAAAAACAAGGCGGCCAAUGCAGAGGAGAAAUUCAAGGAAAUCGCCGAGGCAUACGAAGUUCUGAGUGAUCCGAAAAAGAGGGAAAUAUACGACCAAUAUGGUGAAGAAGGUCUCAAAGGAGGAGGGGGACCAUCAGACGGGCAGGGGGGCAGCUACACCUACACAUUCCACGGAGACCCCCACGCCACCUUCGCCACGUUCUUCGGGGGCGCCAACCCCUUCGAGAUGUUCUUCGGCAGGAAGGCGGCCAACGGGAGGGACGAGGAGGACAUGGAGGUGGAGGGUGACCCCUUCUGCUCCUUCACCAGCUUCAACUUGAACGGCUUCCCCCGGGAGCGCCACGCAGGCGUGGGGCCCCUCCGGCGCAAGCAGGACCCGGCCAUCCACCACGAGCUGCGGGUCUCCCUGGAGGAGAUCUUCCACGGCUGCACCAAGAGGAUGAAGAUCUCGCGCAAGCGGCUCAACCCGGACGGCCGGACCCUGCGCACCGAGGACAAGAUCCUUACCAUCGAGAUCAAGCGCGGCUGGAAGGAGGGUACCAAGAUCACCUUCCCGCGGGAGGGCGACGAGUCGCCCAACACCAUCCCCGCAGACAUAGUCUUCGUCAUCAAGGACAAGCCCCAUGCCCACUUCCGGAGGGAAGGGUCUGACAUUGUGUACCCAGUGCGCGUCAGUCUACGACAGUCCCUGUGCGGCUGCUCGGUCACCGUGUCGACGAUAGAUGGGAAAACAUGUAACUUGAAGGUAACGGAGGUCAUCAAACCCGGGCUGAGAAAGACUGUUGCUGGUCAAGGACUUCCCUUCCCUAAGAACCCAGACCAGAGGGGAGACCUGGUGGUGGAGUUUGAUGUGAACUUUCCGGACAGCCUCCCGUCCAGCGCAAAGGAUGUUCUGAAGCGCCAUUUACCCGCGUCCUAAAAGAGGGGAGCGGACAGACCGGUGCAGCCUUGGCAACGCACCGUCUCUUGGACCAUUUACAAACCCUUAUAAAGAAUGUGCAAUUUAUAUUUUUUAUCUAUAUGGUGUUUAUUUUUAAAUACCCUGCAUGCAGCAAAGGUUAUGAAAGUGCAAGUAAAAAGUUUUGAUGUCUGAAAGUAAACCUUUUAUGUGGGUCAUUUCCCUCACACUGAUUGCUUUUUUUUUUUUUUCCUUUUGAGAGUUUAUUGUGAGUUGUAAGACAUGGGAUGCCAUACUAGCUAUAUGGAAUACAUGAUGUGGACAAUGUAGAAAUGACAAUACCAGUUCAAACUGAAGCUCACAUUGCAGUGUAUUUGCCACACAAUGGUAGAGGUCAUGUAGCUUGUGUUCCAUGGUAUAAAGCCAGCUGUUCUCUAAUAUUAGGGUCUAAAUGGUGACAUCAUAGUGCAAGUAAACCUUAUCAGUUGACUGCAUUAUGCCAAUGUUGCUGAAUAUGGAUUCUUUCUGUUUUAAACCUUUUCAAUAUUAGCUUAAGCUUUUUGAUGAGUCAUUUAGAUUCUCAUAUUGGCCCAGAAAAUAUACUGCUCACACAUAGUAUUUUUAAUUUCCUGUAAUAAUGAUCAAAAUUGUGACGCAUAAAGUGUGACUACAACUAACUACAGCAAGUAUUCAUGGAAAAUUAAUGUGGUGAAACUUUUGAUGCAGACUUAUAAACUGCAGAUUGUGACACAUACGGCUUUAAUAAUUCCAGCUAGCUAAUAUAAGCAUGUCAACUGUAUGCUUACAAAAAACAACGACAAAUCCAUGGAUUACAGUGUUUGCUCCAGAGUCCUCCCACGCUGAGGAAAGAGCUCAAAGAAAAUUAAUACAACAAAUCUGAUGAAC